AGCCCAGGCUCCUCCCCCCGCCGCAGAUGCCUCUGGGAAGCCCCCCAGGCAGGAGCCGAGAAGCAGCGGGUGCUAAUUCUUCCGCUUUAAACUUGUCUGACCGGCCGUGUAUAUUUUUAUUUUAUUCUCCUUGAUGAUGAUGGCUCUUCUAUCCCGCUCUUCCUCCCGCAGCCCCGAGCGGGGUUCAGGGGCAUCUUUAUCCUCACAACAACCCUGCGAGGACUUCAAAACUCAAGUGGAUCAAGCUUGUAGAGCUGCUGAAGAAUUUACAAACAUUUACUAUGAAACCAUGGAUAAAAGAAGGCAGGUGUUGACCAAACUCUACCUGGACACAGCAACCCUAGUCUGGAAUGGGAAUGCCGUAUCCGGGUCCGAAGCACUUGCUAACUUUUUUGCAAUGUUGCCUUCUAGUGAGUUCCAGGUCAGCACAUGUGACUGUCAGCCUGUUCAUGAGCAAGCAACACUGAACAACACCACCGUCCUUGUUGUAGCAUGUGGGUCGGUGAAGUUUGACGGAAGCAAGCCACAAUACUUCUACCAGAACUUCUUGCUAACGGCACAAACCACGAACAACAAUACUGUGUGGAAGAUUGCAAGCGACUGCUUCCGCUUCCAGGAAUUGUCUAGUUAGUGGCGGCAGCAAGAGGUGGCGGAGACGUUCCCUCUGGCACCUCCAAGGUACUUGGCUUUCAGAAUAGUCGUGCUGUGGAUAUGGGAUACUGCCUCUCUCUCCCCCUCCGCUCUUUUGGAAGUGCUAUGGCUUGCCAGGAACUGUUGACUUCCUGCCAGAAAUCUAUAAAACACAUUUCAUAAUGGAAGAACUGCUGUGCCUUCAUGAUUUCAUUAAGGUCCGUUGGAAGGGAAAACUUUUCUUGGUGGUUUUUUAUCGACGACUGGCUUACGUGGCACUGGAAUAAUUCCCUGUAAAUAUCUUUUAUGCAGGAGGUUUUCUCACAGUAACAGUUUGAAUUUCAGGGAUUGGACAUUCUCUCUCCCUCAUAACUCAUGUCAGCACCAUUGGUCACAAUUUGUAUUUGCUUCUGUGUGGAAAUAAAAUUGCUGUAAUUGAUAGACAAGAUGUGAAUCUAAUUUCUGAAAUUUUGCCCUGGACUUUGAAGAUCCACUUGCUCCAAUAACUUCUUAGGAGAAAAGUGUGUUCGAAAUGAGCAUCUCUCUCUGCUGGUUGUGAGAGGACGGAAGGGAGAGCAGUUUCUUAUCCUUUCUGGACUGUCUUGCAAGUAAUGUGGGUACAGUUUUGGGAUGUGCAUGGACCGCUUGCUGCAGUUCAGUCCGAAUUAGGAGCGAACUGCAGGUCUGUGAGCCAGCUGGUUGAUUCGAACCAGUUCGAACUGGUUCGAGGCGGUUCGCAAUCAAACCGCUUGAACCAGCCCAGUUCACGGCAGACUGGUUCGAUCGCGAACUGAUUCUGCACAUCCCUAGUACAGUUACACUUUGAUAGGUGGUUAUUUAAUUUCCGUGCAGAUGAGGUAGCUUUAUGUGGUUUGAAUGUUUAGCUAUUCCAUUUAAAUUAUCUUUGAGGACUUUUGUUGUAAUAAGAAAAGGGGAGAGUCAGAUCUGGGGAAACUUCUUGUUGGUUAGAUUUUUAGGUCAGGGGUUUCUAAUUGGAACCCCUAACAUCUGGUACUAACCUCCUAAUAUCUGGUCCUCCAGAUGUUGCUGAACUAUAACUCCCAUCAUCCCCAGCUACAGUUGAUUGUGGCUGGGGAUUAUGGGAGUUGUAGUUCAUCAGCAUCUGGAGGACCACUGGUUGGGAACCCCUGGAUUUAGAUGAUAGAACCUUUUCUAUGCUGAAAAGCAGUAUGUUCUUGAGACAGUUUUGAUGUGACAGAAGCAGUAAGGAACACUCAUGCCCUGCCCUUCUGGUUUCCAUACUACUCCCUCUCAUCUGAAACACAACUUGCCAGUUCAGAGCAUAUCGGGUAGUGACAGUCCAGAAAGGAUAAGAAACUGCGCUCCCUUCCGUCCUCCCACAACCAACAGAGAGAGAGAUGCUCAUCCCCAACAUACUUUUCUCCUAAGAACUUACUGGAGCAAGUGGAUCUUCAAAGUCUUAAUGUAGUCAUCCCAGGAGAGGUUUCCAGCUGUAGCCUUUGAUCUAUUUGGAUUUGGUUUGUGGGUGGGGUAUAAAUACUCCUGUGUACUAAACUGGGAAAUCCAAAUAAACUACACGUCAAAUAGA